AUGUUCGCUGCACGAAGAGCUUUCACCAGCGCCCUCCAGACCAGAGCCUUCUCGGCCUCUGCCAGAGACCUGUCCAAGGUCACCGUCCUUGGAGCUGCUGGUGGAAUCGGUCAACCACUGUCUCUCCUUCUCAAGCUGAACCCGCGCGUUACUGACCUUGCCCUGUACGAUAUCAGACUGGCCCCAGGUGUCGCCGCCGAUAUUAGCCACAUCAACACCAAGAGCAAGGUCACCGGCUAUGAGCCAACCCCCAGCGGACUGGACGCCGCCCUCAAGGGUGCCGAGAUCGUUUUGAUUCCUGCCGGUGUUCCGCGCAAGCCCGGAAUGACUCGUGACGACCUCUUCAACACCAACGCCUCCAUCGUCCGCGACCUCGCCAAGGCCGCUGCCAAAUCCUCCCCCAACGCCAACAUCCUCGUCAUCUCCAACCCAGUCAACAGCACCGUCCCUAUCGUCGCUGAGGUCUUCAAGAAGGCCGGUGUCUACAACCCCAAGCGUCUCUUCGGUGUCACCACCCUGGAUGUCGUUCGUGCCUCUCGAUUCGUGAGCGAGCUCAAGGGCACCGACCCCGUCGAUGAGAACAUCACCGUUGUUGGUGGUCACUCCGGUGUCACCAUCGUUCCUCUCUUCUCUCAAUCCUCCCACCCUGACUUGGUCGGCAACGCCGCCCUGCUCAAGCGUGUGCAAUUCGGUGGUGACGAGGUCGUUCAGGCUAAGGAUGGCGCUGGAUCCGCCACUCUGUCGAUGGCCAUGGCUGGUGCCCGUUUCGCCGAGAGCUUGUUGAAGGCUGCCCAGGGCCAGAAGGGUGUCAUUGAGCCUACCUUCGUUGAGAGCCCAUUGUACAAGGACCAGGGCAUCGACUUCUUCGCCUCGAAGGUGGAGCUCGGCCCUAACGGUGCGGAGAAGAUCCUCGAGGUUGGCAAGCUGGCUCCUGAGGAGGAGAAGCUCUUGGAAGCUUGCUUGGCGGACUUGAAGAAGGGUGUCUCAUUCGUCGCCCAGAACCCGGGGAACUAG